AUGUCUUCUUAUCUUUCCACCGCCUAUCCGACUGACAAAGAGAUCAUCGACAUCGGUGGCAGCUCUAUCAACAUGACCUUCGUCGACGACCAGCUCCCCAAGGCCUUUGCCGGUAAGGGUGAUUUUCCCAAGGAGAUCGCUUAUACCACUGGUAUGGAUAAGUGGAACGCUAUCGCAGACAAGUCUUACCAGACCACAGACGAAAUGUCUAUCAUCGAGGCCACCGCUAACAAGGUUGUUGAGCAGAUGCAGUCUGGCACUCACAUCAUCGAUCUCGGAGCUGCCAACAGCAAGAAGUUUGAGCCCUACAUCCGAGCUUUCAUUGCUCAGGGUAAGCAGUGCGUCUAUGUUGCUCUUGAUCUUUCUUACGGGUCUCUAGUUGAGCAUCUCGCCAAGGCUAAGGCUUCUUUCCCCGGCGUCAAGUGCAUCGGUCUCUUCGGCAGCUUCGAGCAGGGUGAUGUCUACUUCAAGAAGACCCGUCCCAUUGGUCGCCUCUUCCUUUCGCUUGGCUCGAUCUUCUACAACGCUCCCGACGGCAUGGCCAAGGACCGCUGCGUCGAGUUCAGGGACCAUCUCAGUAUCUUUGAUCGUCUCAUCGUCGGCCAGGAUGGUCCUACCGGCGCUGAAGCCAGCCAGGCCCACGCAGCCUACAACACCACCGAGUACGACACUUUCUUCACAAACUACCUCCUGGGUCUUCAGAAGCACGCUGGAAUUCUAUACACCUGCCCCAAACUCGCUUGGACUGUGGAGAGCAAGCUCAACAAGGCCAUGCACUACUUCGACGUCACCGCCAACGAGGACAUGGUCUGCACCAAGUUCGGCAUCAACGUCCCUGCUGGCACUGUCUUCAAGAUGUUCAAGUCUUGGAAGCGCUACGAGAACGAAAUCCAUGAACUGACCAACGAGGUUGGUCUUGGGAUCGAGACUCUUGGCAAGGCUGAGAAUUCUGGUAUGCGCCAGUACAUCAUCAGCGCUAUGAAGUAUGAGUAA